AUGGGUUACUCGAAAAAGUUCGUUGCCGCAUUGUUGCUGGCACCGGCAGCUCUUGCCCAAGCACCACUCUAUGGACAGUGCGGAGGUCAAGGAUGGACUGGACCGACAACUUGCGUAUCUGGGUCUACUUGCGUCUACUCAAACGACUGGUACUCUCAAUGUCUCCCUGGAGCAGCUGUCACCACCACGGCAGCUACUAGGACCACUACGGCCAGCAGUGCUGCAACUACGACUGGCAGCUCAUCUAAUAGCAAUUGCCAAGCCGCUGCCCAUGGGUUUGCUUCCCUGAAUGGUGGAACGACCGGAGGAAACGGCGGUACCGUCGUCGUUGUAAAUAACUGGGCCGAUCUUAAGAAGUAUGCUACUUCUUCCGGAAAGUAUGUUAUCAAGGUCUCCGGCAAGAUCGUCGCUAGCCCAACUGGCGAGGAAAUCAAGGUUGCGAAUGAUAAGACUAUUGUUGGUAUUGGAUCGACUGGUGAGAUUUAUGGAGGUGGAUUUGGGUUGAUGAAUGUGAAGAAUAUUAUUAUUCGAAACUUGAAAAUCGGAAAUACUUAUGACGGUGAUUGGGAGGGUAAAACCCACGAUUGGGAUGGUAUUCAAUCCGAUACAUCCAGCAAUAUCUGGGUCGACCACUGCAUCUUCGAACGUGGUGCCGACGGUCUCAUCGAUCUCCGUCUAGACUCUAACUACAUCACCAUCUCACACGUUACAUUCCGAAACCAUAACAAAGUCCUCGGUAUUGGCUGGACCGACAAUGUCAUAACCCAAGCUACAAUCCACCACUGCUACUUCCAAAACGUCGGCCAACGAAAUCCCUCUGCCGACAACCUUAAGUACGCUCAUAUGUACAAUAACUACCUUAACAAUGCUACCUCGUACGGCCACUACUCUCGCGGAAAGACGAAUAUGCGCGUUGAGAACUGCUACUUUGAGAAAGUACGCAACCCACUUCAGCGUGACGACACCGCUGUUCUUGUUGCUAGCGGGAAUACUUAUGUUAGCUGCACCGGAUCGACUGCUGCGAACAGUGGAACUGCGUUUAAUCCUAGUUCGUUUUACUCUUAUACUUUGGACAGUACUGCUAAUGUCCCAAAUAUUGUUAAGAGCGAGGCGCAACCUAAGGCUAGCAUCUGUCCAAGUUAG